AUGGCUUCAGCUGGCGCUGCCAGAGGCCAGCCAGGAAUACUCCACCAAUAUGUGCGGGCUCUACCAUUCUCCAAUGCUUUUCAUCGCCGCGACUAUAAACUGGUCGCCUUUGAGUACACGUCUUCGACAAUUACGAGAAAAAAGCCCCACAGUUUACUGUUCAUCGGAGGCCUGGGAGAUGGCUUUUUCACCGUUCCAUUUGUUGCGGACCUGGCCGCAGCUCUAGAGCCUACCGACUGGUCUCUCUUCUCCGUCCUUCUCUCCUCUUCCUACACAGCAUGGGGGUUGGGUAGUCUGGAUAAAGACGCGGAAGAGAUUGCCCAGUGUGUGCAGUAUGUCCAGAAGUACAAGGAGGCCCAGCAGGGUGACCAGCCCGGCCCCCGGAAGAUCGUUAUAAUGGGUCACUCGACAGGAAGCCAGGAUGUCCUGCACUAUCUUUAUUCACCCAAUCCAUUGCCGCCAAAUCCGGUGUUCGACAAUGGCGUGAAGCAUAUUACGCGACCGGAAGUGGAUGGAGCGAUUCUCCAAGCCCCCGUUUCGGAUCGACAAGCUGUCACAGAGGGGCAGAUAAAUGGGACGGAUAAAAUGAGCGAUAACGAAUUCGCGACGACGUACCUACAAUUAGUGGAUAGUGCCAAGCGGGUGACGUAUGCAGAGCAUAACACGUUAGAUGUGCUGCUUCCCCUCUCCAUGACCACGAAAUUAGGAUAUCCGCCAGACGUGCCAAUGAGCGCAAGGCGAUUCCUGAGUCUCACGAGCCCGGACAGUCCAGAGAACCCGCGGGAGGACGACCUGUUCAGUUCGGACCUGACCGACAAGCGGCUGCAGGAGACUUUCGGGAUGAUCGCAACGCGAGACCUGCUCAGGUCCAAACUCUUGGUUCUGUAUUCUGGGAAUGACCAAUACUGCCCGGCAAGCGUUGACAAGGAGGCGUUAUUGCAGCGGUGGAAAGCCGCAACUAAUAAGAUUAUCCGUACGGUCUGGGAUGAUGAGCAUAGCGGCGUCAUUCCCGGGGCCUCGCACAAUCUCGAGGGUGAGGGCGAGGCUGAGGCUAGGCGCGACCUCGUCUCCAGAGUGAUGGGAUAUCUAAAUGACGUCGAGAAGCUACCUUGA